UACGUAGGGGCUGGCUAGCCGCCAUCUUGCUUCUUUUUCCUCGUUCGCUCUCACCCUCUCAGGAGGUAGCGAAAGUGCUUUGGCGGUUUGUACGGUCGUCGCUCGGGCUUGCCGGACCGGGCGGCCCCGCGGACGAUACUCGAGGCUCCCUCCCCUCCCCUCUCCCCCGAACCGUACCUGGCGAGUCCCUGGAAGCGCGCAGACUUGGUUCUCACCCUGGCGGGCUACUUUUAAGGGGUGUGGCAGGAGGUUUUGGACUCGAUGAGUUUCCACCGAAAUGUCGGAGAAGUCAGGCCAGAGCACAAAAGCAAAGGAUGGGAAAAAGUAUGCAACACUCAGUUUGUUUAAUACUUACAAAGGAAAGUCCUUGGAAACGCAGAAGACUACAGUUGCAGCUCGACAUGGGUUACAAAGUCUUGGAAAAGUUGGUAUUUCACGGCGGAUGCCUCCACCUGCUAACCUCCCAAGCCUCAAAGCGGAGAACAAAGGCAAUGACCCUAAUGUGAACAUUGUGCCUAAAGAUGGCACGGGAUGGGCAUCAAAACAAGAGCAGCAUGAGGAAGAAAAAGCACCAGAAGUGUCACCAGCACAGCCCAAACCUGGGGUUGCAGCUCCCCCAGAAGUAGCACCUGCUCCCAAAUCAUGGGCCAGUAACAAGCAAGGUGGGCAAGGCGACGGAAUCCAAGUGAAUAGUCAAUUUCAACAGGAAUUUCCCAGUCUGCAGGCAGCUGGAGAUCAGGAAAAAAAAGAAAAGGAAGCAAAUGAUGAAAACUAUGGACCCGGACCCAGUUUACGCCCACCAAAUGUUGCUUGCUGGAGAGAUGGUGGUAAGUCUGCUGGCUCACUUUCUUCUGAUCAGGAUGAAAAGCAACUUGGCCAGGAUGAAAGCACAGCUAUAACAUCAGAACAAAAUGAUAUUCUCAAAGUGGUGGAAAAGAGAAUAGCUUGUGGUCCUCCACAAGCUAAACUGAACGGACAGCAGCCUGCCCUUGCUUCUCAGUAUAGAGCUAUGAUGCCUGCAUAUAUGUUUCAGCAGUACCCAAGGAUGGCAUACCCUCCUCUACAUGGUCCCAUGAGGUUCCCACCUUCUUUAUCUGAAACAAACAAAGGCCUUCGAGGAAGAGGUCCUCCUCCUUCUUGGGCUUCUGAGCCUGAACGCCCUUCCAUCCUUAGUGCAUCAGAACUGAAGGAGCUCGAUAAAUUUGAUAACCUAGAUGCUGAAGCUGAUGAAGGUUGGGCAGGUGCUCAGAUGGAAGUAGAUUAUACAGAACAGCUGAAUUUCAGUGAUGACGAUGAGCAGGGAAGUAGUAGUCCUAAAGAGAACAGCAGUGAGGAUCAAAGUUCAAAAACACCUGAAAACACAGAAAACCAAAAAGAAGUAGAUGAAGCUUCCAAUACUAAAUCAUCUUCUCAAAUACCUGCUCAGCCCACAGUAGCAAAAAGUGCUUAUGGGAAGGGACCUCCGUUUAAUCAGGAACGUGGGCCAUCUUCACACUUGCCACCACCUCCCAAGCUACUUGCACAACAGCACCCCCCACCUCCAGAUCGACAAGUACCUGGAAGACAAGGCCCCUUUCCUCCAAAGCCUCCAGGACCUGAUAAUGAUGAAAUAUGGAAGCAAAGACGAAAACAACAGUCUGAAAUAUCUGCAGCAGUGGAGCGCGCUCGUAAACGCCGUGAGGAGGAAGAGCGAAGAAUGGAGGAGCAAAGGAAGGCAGCGUGUGCAGAGAAACUGAAACAGCUGGAUGAGAAGCUUGGAAUCAUAGAAAAACAGCCAUCUCCAGAGGAACUUAGAGAAAGGGAGAGAGAGAAGGAGCGGGAGCGGGAGAAAGAACUUGAAAAAGAAAAAGAACAGGAACGUGAGAGGGAGCGGGAGCUUGAGAAAGAGCAAGAAAAACAGAGAGAAAUGGAGAAGGCAAAGCAGCAAGAGAGAGAGUUAGAGCAACAGAGAGAAAAGGAACAAGAACUACAGAGGUUGAGAGAACAGGAAAAAGAGGGUGAGUUGAAGGAAAAGGAGAAAGAAGAAAACGUCGAACCCCAAGAGCCCAUUCUAGAGCCGGUGACAGAGAAACAGGAAAGUGAAAACAACUGUAAGAGAGAAGAGGAACCAGUUUUCACUAGACAGGACAGCAAUCGCAGUGAAAAGGAGACCACGCAAGUGGUACAGGAAGCAGAACCUGAAUCAGGGUCUCAGCCCCGACCUGCUGUGUUAUCUGGCUAUUUCAAACAGUUUCAGAAAUCAUUGCCACCACGAUUUCAGCGACAGCAGGAGCAGAUGAAACAGCAACAAUGGCAGCAGCAACAGCAGCAGCAGCAGCAGCAAGGUGUACUUCCACAGACUGUUCCUUCACAGCCAGCAAGUGGUUCAGUCCCUCCUCCGACACACAGACCUCUUUACCAGCCAAUGCAGCCCCACCCUCAACAUUUGGCCUCUAUGGGUUUUGAUCCAAGGUGGCUCAUGAUGCAGUCCUAUAUGGAUCCUCGGAUGAUGUCUGGAAGGCCUGCUAUGGAUAUUCCACCCAUUCAUCCUGGAAUGAUUCCUCCUAAGCCAUUAAUCAGAAGAGACCAGAUGGAAGGGUCACCAAAUAGUUCUGAGUCAUUUGAGCAUAUAGCUCGAUCUGCAAGAGAUCAUGGAAUUUCACUUUCUGAACCGAGGAUGAUGUGGGGGUCAGAUCCCUAUCAUGCUGAGCCUCAGCAAGCAGCUACUCCCAAGGCAGCUGAAGAACCUGGGGGUACAAGGCCUGAAACUACAUUGGAUCGAGAACAGAUUGCAGCUUCUUAUUCUGUAGAGCAUAGUCAGCUGGAGACUCAUUCAAAAACAGAUGUUGCUAGAGACUCAGCUGAAACGGAAGGACAAAAGUUUUUAAGCAGAUCUGUGGAAGAUGUGAGACCUCACCAUGCGGAUACAAAUAGCCAGUCUGCUUGUUUUGAUGUAACUGAUCAAAAGAGCGUACAUACUCCUACAGAAGAGCGGAUCCCAGCACUAGAAAGUCAACCUGCCCGAAAAAGAAGUGUUUCUCAUGGGUCUAACCAUGCUCAAAAGGCAGAGGAGCAAAGAAAUGAGCCUUCUGUCAGCAUUCCUAAGGUUACUAGCAGAUGUGUUGAUUCUAAAGAAACUGUAGAAAAGCCAGAGGAGAAGCCAAGAAAAGAUGGCUUUCUGCGAUCUUCUGAAGGACCAAAGCCAGAGAAAGUCUUUAAAUCUAAAUCAGAGACUCGGUGGGGUCCAAGACCAAGCUCAAACAGAAGAGAAGAAGGUAAUGAUAGGCCUGUGAGAAGGUCAGGGCCCAUUAAAAAGCCUGUACUUAGAGAUAUGAAAGAGGAGCGGGAGCAGAGAAAGGAGAAAGAAGGUGAAAAGGUUGAGAAGGUCACUGAAAAGGUUGUUAAAGCAGAAAGAACAGAAAAGAAAGACGUUCCUCUACCACCUCCAGCACCCGUCCAGCCACAGUCAUUGAUUCCACCAGCCAUACAGCCAGCACCAGAGAACCUACCGUCAACAGAUGCUUCAACUGUGGUUCUGAAGCCUGCCCAAGACACUGAGAGGCCUUUGGAACCUGUGAGUAGUGUCCAGGUAGAGCCUGCAGUUAAAACUGUAAAUCAACAAAGUGUUGCAGCACCAACAGUCAAAGAAGAGAAGCAGCCUGAGAAAGUCAUCAGCAAAGAUGUUGGGGUAGAAAGACCUCGCCCAGAUUCUAGACCAGCAGUUAAAAAAGAGUCACCUUUACCCACUAGGACCUAUUGGAAAGAAGCUCGAGAUAGGGAUUGGUUUCCAGACCAAGGAUACAGAGGCAGAGGCAGAGGCGAGUACUACUCCAGAGGCCGAAGCUAUAGAGGCUCUUAUGGGGGUCGUGGCAGAGGUGGUAGAGGACACACUCGUGAUUAUCCUCAGUAUAGAGACAAUAAGCCAAGAACAGAACAUGUGCCUUCAGGACCUCUUAGACAACGAGAAGAAAGCGAAACACGAAGUGAGAGCUCUGAUUUUGAGGUUGUUCCCAAAAGAAGGCGACAGAGGGGUUCUGAGACUGACACUGACAGUGAAGUCCAUGAAAGUGCAAGUGACAAGGAUAGUUUAAGCAAAAGCAAACUUCCCAAAAGAGAGGAACGGUCUGAAAACAAAAAACCUAUCAAGACCCAAUCUUCUUUUAAGCCUGAAAAUCAUGUUCGAAUAGAUAAUAGGCCAUUAGAAAAACCUUACAUAAGAGAUGAGGAUAAAUCUAAACCAGGUUUCCUUCCUAAAGGGGAGCCUACAAGGCGAGGCAGAGGAGGAACAUUCAGACGAGGUGGAAGGGAUCCAGGAGGCCGACCAUCACGUCCUGCCACUUUAAGAAGACCUACUUAUAGGGACAAUCAGUGGAAUCCAAGGCAGGCAGAACCUCCUAAACCUGAAGAUGGAGAGCCACCAAGAAGACAUGAGCAGUUUAUGCCUCUACCAGCAGAUAAACGACCUCCAAAAUUUGAGCGAAAAUUUGACCCAACUAGAGAGAGGCCCCGAAGGCAACGUCCUACCCGCCCACCAAGGCAGGAUAAGCCGCCUCGAUUCAGACGGCUGAGAGAGAGAGAGGCUGCUUCAAAGACAAAUGAGGUGUUGGUACCCACAAAUGGCACAGUUAAUAAUAAUCUGGUUCAAGAACCAGUGAAUCCACCUGGAGACAUUUCUGGAAAUAAGACUCCAGAUUUGUCUAACCAGAACUCUUCAGAUCAAGCAAAUGAAGAAUGGGAAACAGCCUCUGAAAGUAGUGAUUUUAAUGAGAGACGUGAGAGGGAUGAGAAAAAAAAUGCUGAUGUUAGCUCCCAAGCAGUAGUAAAGUCUGGAGAAAAUGUUCUGCCUCCAAAAAGGGAAAUAGCAAAGAGAAGUUUUUCUAGUCAGAGACCUGGAGUUGAUCGCCAGAAUCGCCGUGGCAACAGUGGCCCACCCAAAUCAGGGAGGAAUUUCUCAGGUCCUAGGAAUGAAAGAAGAAAUGGCCCACCAUCAAAAAAUGGAAAGAGAGGGCCAUUUGACGACCAAUCCUCAGGCACAGCUGGCGUUGACCCUGUGAAUGGUAACUCUGCACACCACCAAGAAGGCACACCUAAUGGUGCGGGACAAAAGAAUUCCAAGGAUACUACUGGGAAAAAGAGAGAAGACACCAAACCAGGUCCUAAAAAACCAAAAGAGAAAGUAGAUGCUCUGUCACAGUUUGAUCUCAACAAUUAUGCAAGUGUUGUUAUCAUUGAUGAUCAUCCUGAAGUAACUGUUAUUGAAGACCCCCAGUCAAAUUUAAAUGAUGAUGGUUUUACUGAAGUGGUAUCUAAAAAACAACAAAAGCGGUUACAGGAUGAGGAGCGCCGAAAGAAGGAAGAGCAAGUCGUACAGGUGUGGAGCAAAAAAAAUAUAAAUGAAAAAGGAAGGAGUCAGACUUCUAAGCUUCCUCCAAGGUUUGCCAAAAAACAAGCUACUGGGACUCAGCAAGCCCAAGCUCCAGCCUCAGCACCAGCUCCAGUCUCUUCCUCAGCCCCAGUCUUAGCAUCCCCACCAGCUCCAGUUCCUGCCUCCACCCCAGCUCCAGUUCCCAUUCUGGCAUCAGCCACAGCUCUAGUUCCAGCCUCAACCCCAGCUCCAGUUCUAACUUCAAGCCCAGCUCCAGUUGCAACCUCAGCCUCAGCUCCUGUUCCAGUGUCCACUGCAUCUGCAGUCAUGGCCUCCUCAUCCUCAUCCCAAGCCUCCAUACCAGCUCCAACUCCUUUGCUUGCCUCUGCCUCAACCACAGCCUCGGUCCCCAUUCUCACUUCAGCUUCAAUUCCUAUCCUUGCUUCAGCUCUAGCACCAGUGUCAGUUUCUUCUCCAACCCCAGUAGUCUCAGCUCCAGCUUUGCCAACUAUUUCAGCACCAGCUACCCCAGCCACAGCCCCAACAACCUCAAUUCCUCUUGCCCCAGCCUCCACUGCAACCACUGCCCCAACCCCAGCCACACCAGGGCAGACUCAGACACAGAUGCCCAAACCAGUCCAGAGUCCACUUCCACCUUCAGCACCAUCAUCAAAACAGCCACCACCUUCCAUUAGAUUACCUUCAGCUCAAACAUCUAAUGGCACAGAUUAUGUAGCCACUGGGAAACCCAUCCAGACUCCACAGUCACAUGGUUCUCUAACAGCUGAAUUAUGGGAUAACAAAGUGGCUGCUCCAGCUGUGCUGAAUGACAUUUCUAAAAAAUUAGGUCCUAUUAGUCCACCACAGCCACCUUCAGUCAGUGCAUGGAAUAAGCCCUUAACAUCGUUUGGCUCACCAACUUCAUCAGAGGGAGCAAGAAAUGGCCAAGAGAGUGGUGUUGAAAUUGGAAUUGACACAAUUCAGUUUGGUGCUCCAGCUUCCAAUGGGAAUGAAAGUGAGGUGGUUCCUGUGCUUUCAGAGAAACCAAACGACAAAGGUCCUGAACCUAAAGAGCAACGUCAGAAACAGCCACGGGCAGGGCCCAUUAAAGCCCAGAAGCUUCCAGAUUUGAGUCUGGUAGAAAACAAAGAGCAUAAACCUGGUCCUAUUGGAAAGGAACGAUCAUUGAAAAAUAGAAAAGUGAAAGAUGCCCAACAGGUUGAGCCAGAAGGACAAGAGAAACCAAGCCCAGCUGUGGUCAGAAGCACAGAUCCUGGAACAGCAAAAGAAACCAAAGCAGUCUCGGAAAUGUCUGCUGAAAUAGGAGCAAUGAUCUCAGUAUCCUCUACAGAAUAUGGCACUGAUGCAAAGGAGUCUGUAACAGACUAUACUACACCUUCCUCUUCUCUGCCUAGCACUGUGGCUACUAAUAAUGCAAAGAUGGAGGAUACUUUGGUUAAUAAUGUGCCCCUGCCCAGCACCCUUCCCCUCCCUAAGAGGGAGACUAUACAACAGAGCUCCAGCCUAACUUCAGUUCCUCCCACUACUUUCAGCCUCACUUUCAAGAUGGAGUCUGCACGCAAAGCAUGGGAAAAUUCUCCAAACCUAAGGGAAAAGGGGUCCCCAGUAACUUCUACAGCGCCUCCAAUUGUUAGUGGAGUCAGCAGUAGUGCCAGUGGACCAAGCACUGCUAGUUACAACUCAUUUUCCAGUGCAUCAAUGCCUCAGAUCCCUGUUGCGUCAGUCACUCCUACAGCAUCUCUAUCAGGAGCCGGUACUUACACUACCUCUUCUUUGAGUACAAAAUCUACAACCACAUCGGACCCUCCUAAUAUUUGUAAAGUAAAACCCCAACAAUUACAGACAAGCAGCCUGCCUUCUGCAAGUCACUUUUCACAGUUAAGCUGUAUGCCUUCCCUUAUUGCCCAGCAACAGCAAAGUCCACAAGUUUAUGUGUCUCAGUCUGCAGCAGCUCAAAUUCCAGCCUUCUAUAUGGAUACAAGUCAUUUAUUCAAUACCCAACAUGCGCGAUUGGCUCCACCAUCCCUGGCUCAGCAGCAGGGUUUCCAGCCUGGCCUCUCUCAGCCAGCCUCAGUUCAGCAGAUUCCAAUUCCUAUAUAUGCCCCACUGCAAGGACAGCAUCAAGCCCAGCUGAGUUUGGGGGCUGGCCCUGCUGUUUCCCAGGCUCAGGAAUUAUUCAGUUCCUCUAUUCAACCAUAUAGAUCACAGCCAGCCUUUAUGCAGAGCAAUCUGUCCCAGCCUUCUAUGGUCCUUUCUGGUACAGCUAUCCACAACUUCCCAGCUGUCCAGCACCAGGAACUUGCUAAGGCACAAUCAGGUCUUGCCUUUCAGCAGACUUCAAACACUCAGCCUAUCCCUAUACUGUACGAACAUCAGCUGGGGCAGGCAUCAGGACUAGGAAGUUCUCAGCUGAUAGAUACACAUCUUCUUCAGGCAAGAGCAAAUCUUACCCAGGCCUCAAAUCUUUAUUCUGGACAAGUACAGCAGCCUGGUCAGACAAAUUUUUAUAACACUGCCCAAUCACCAAGUGCUCUCCAGCAGGUAAACUAUGGCAUGGUUACAGUACCUUUGCCAGCAUCCCAGCUUUCCCUGACUAAUUUUGGAUCUACAGGACAACCUCUUAUUGCUUUGCCUCAGACGCUUCAGCCCCAGUUACAGCACACAAACCCACAAGCACAGGCUCAGAGCCUGAGUCGUCCUGCUCAAGUCAGCCAGCCUUUCAGAGGAUUAAUCCCUGCUGGAACACAGCACAGCAUGAUGGCAACCACAGGAAAAAUGUCUGAAAUGGAAUUAAAAGCCUUUGGGAGUGGCAUUGAUAUCAAACCAGGGACACCUCCAAUUGGUGGUCGAAGCACCACGCCAACAUCUAGUCCAUUCAGGGCUACUUCGACAAGUCCAAACAGCCAGUCUAGCAAAAUGAACAGCAUUGUUUAUCAGAAACAGUUCCAGUCAGCCCCUGCCACAGUGAGAAUGACACAACCGUUUCCUGCACAGUUUGCACCCCAGAUUCUCUCUCAGCCUAACCUGGUCCCUCCAUUGGUAAGAGCCCCACAUACUAACACCUUCCCAGCGCCUGUACAGAGGCCACCAAUGGCACUGGCCAGUCAGAUGCCUCCUCCGCUGACCACAGGCCUCAUGAGCCAUGCUCGUUUGCCACAUGUAGCCAGGGGUCCUUGUGGAUCACUAUCUGGAGUCAGAGGUAAUCAGGCCCAGGCUGCGUUGAAGGCUGAACAAGAUAUGAAGGCAAAGCAGAGAGCAGAGGUUCUUCAGUCCACGCAACGGUUCUUCUCUGAACAGCAACAGAGCAAACAGAUAGGAGGCAAAGCCCAGAAAGUGGACAGUGAUUCAAGUAAACCUCCUGAAACACUGACUGACCCUCCUAGUGCCUGUCAGGAAAAAGUAGAAGAAAAGCCGCCUCCUGCACCCACCAUAACCACCAAACCUGUUAGAACUGGACCAAUCAAACCUCAGGCGAUCAAAACCGAAGAAACAAAAUCUUAAAGGCUGUGAUUUAUUGCAGGGCAUUGGGGGUGGGUGAGCAGGGAGAGUGAAGUCAAAUAAUGCCAGCAGCCACAGGGGUAAAGCGAUCUGUGACAUUAUCCUGUGAGAUGCACAAGGGACAUAGAGCAUUUUAUACUGACAGCUGCUACCCCAGUUAAAAUGAGGCUUUACAGGCUCCUGCCUACUGUGUAACAUUUGCAUCUUCAGUCAGUUCAUAUGCAAGAGUGUGCGCACAGCCUGUAAGUGCAUACUGUUUAGAUCAAGGAGCUUUAUGAUUAAAUGAAACACCAGGAGUAGGAGGAGAAGGAUACCACAGAGUAGCUCAGCUGGGCACUGAGUAGUCCCAGUGUUACACCAUUUGUGGUUCUUCUGCUCCCUUGUGUUCUUUGGAUGUGUCUGUGGCAUUUCUAGGCUUGAAAGUAAAAUGAUGCUAACUGGUGCUGGAUAGAGGAGCCUUAUUUUUUAUUAUGGCAGCUUGCUAUUUUUGUAACAUGGUGAUUUGGUUGAACACAAUAAAGUACAGUAGUAACUGAUCUCCCCUUCUUCCUGGAUGAGUGAGCAGAUGAUUAAAUAUUGAUGUCAGCAUCCUUGAGAAUAUUCAACUGAGCAACAUUUGGCUUCUGCUUCUAUUUAAAAUGAUGCUUUGUUUUGAUUGUGGUCCAAAGCUUUGAAGCACUACUUGGCAUCUCUUUAGAGGUCUCAUUGUUUAAACAUAACAGAUUUGAUAAAGUGUUGGUAGGGCGAGGUCUUGCUUGUCUCCACUAGGUCAUCUUCAUAUGAAUCCAGUGGUUAUAGGGUUUUGUUUUAGAGACACUUGAUUUUUUAAUAACGGUUUUUAGCUGACAUUCAUGGAGAGAAUGCAUCCUUAGAGCUGUGCCACUAUUGAAAGAAAAUCCUAUGUAAGAGUGUGUUUCUUUAACAGAGCUGUGUCACACCAUCCUCUGGGCCCUCUGCUGGAAAAGUAGAAUCAAGUCUCAAAUAAUGCCUUUUAAAUUGUAUCCUCUAGUAUUAUAGAUAUAGGGCAGUACUGUAUCAUACCUCUGUGAAUGUAAAAUAGCUUGUACCUGCUUUAUGAUACGUAGUAGUGACCGUGCUUUAUCAGAGCUGUUUUUAAUGAUGUUGCUCAGAAUGUUUUCUUUCCAGAUGAUGAUUGAGAAGCUAAUUUAAAAAAAAAAAAAAAAUGGUGCCAGGUACCACAAGAGGAACAGAACUGUGCUGUUUUCUGGGAUUUUGUUUUUACUUUUUUUUUUUUUUUUUUUUUUUUUAAUGGAGUGUGCUGGAUGUCUCUACAAUUUUGUUUAAAUGACUGCAGAAACCUGGAAAAGCUGUUGCUGCUAUUGAUGCGUAACAUACUGCUAUUAUUGGUCUUUUUAUAUAAAUAUAAAUAUAUAUAUAUACAUAUAUAUAUAAUUUGAAUUUUUGGAAACUUUAGCUGUGCUGUCAACUUUGGAAAAAAGUAUCCCAGUUUACUGUGUUGAGUUGGCAUUGUACAGAAAUUAACAGCCAUAUUGGUCUAGAAAUGUUGAACUUAAUUUUUUUUUCCAUUUGUACAGGGGUAACGCACUGUAUUAAAUAUGUAAGGUCUUAUCUAUGUGGGUUUGAUUACAAAAACUAAUAAAGUAUUCUCUAAAUAA